UUAAUUCACUCAAAUUAUUUCUUUAACAAACAUACCCUAAAGUUAUUUUUGAGCUAAAUCUUGAUUUGUCUACUGAUUGUAUGAAUUUUAUGUUGAUUUAUUAAUUCUGUCGCGUAGUUUGAGGGUUUUCAAUUUUUCAUUCUUCCUUUCUUUUUAUUCAAGUUCACCAAAGUGAAAAAAUAAGAAAACACAGGUUACUGCACAAUUUGGCAAAAGUUGUAAAAACAAUACUUUUUCAGUAAAUAACUAAAUAUACUUGCUAUAUUAAAAUGCCAUAUAAAUAUUUUUGUGUAUGAAAAAAGAGCCGCACCUAAAAAGGCUACAAAAUUCAAACAAAAAGCACCUCGCUCAGUUCAAAAAUCUCAAACCCGCGCCACCACCCCUCCGCCCCGCCGCCGAUCAUGUGCCCCUCCACCCCUCCACCGCCGGACGCCUCCAUCGCCGCCGCAUAUGCAGCGUCGAGGCCGGUCCUUCAAAACCCCCCUCGGCCGCCGCCGCCACCAAACCCACACCCCUUCUAUUCGCCGCCUCCUUCCAGUCUCCCUUCCAAUCCCAACCCUAAUUGCCACCAAUUGGCCCCUCGGCCCCCUCACCCUCACGACCCGCCGCACUUUAUGUACCCCGUUGCAUCCUCCGGUCGAGGGUUCGUAUCCAGGCCUCUGCCUGUGCCAGCCGCCGGAUCCUCCCCCAGGCCGCCGCCGUUUGUUCUCCCAUAUUUUGAACCGGGUCAGGGAAACCCGGCUUUCUUCAGGCCGAACCACUUGCCUCACGUGCUAUUCGGGUCCGGGCCGGGUCCCGCGGGUAAUGCUUCUGGUGUAGUUAGAGGGAUUUCAGCCUCCCCCUUGCACCACCCAAAGGCUGCUCCACCUUCUACUUCAAUCUCAGAUAAGAAUGGACACAACAGUUUAAGGGAUAGAAAUAGGGAUGAUACUCUUGCAGUUGUCAAGGAUAGGAAGGUCCGGAUAACUGAUAAUGCAUCACUUUAUGCCCUCUGUAGGUCAUGGUUGAGGAGUGGAUUUCUUGAAGAAACUCAAAAGCCACCAUACUUGGAUACCGUCAAAUCUCUUCCCAGACCUUUGCCUGUAGCUGCACAGGGUGUUGAUUCACCAGAUAAAGUAGAAAACAAAGAAGACGAAGAUGAGGAAGAAGGCUCUAUUGAAAAUUUGUCCGAGAAGGAGCUCUUGCAGAGACAUAUCAAACGUGCCAAGAGGGUUCGUUCACGGCUAAGAGAAGAACGGCUUCAACGAAUUACAAGAUACAAAACCCGACUCGCCCUUCUUUUGCCCCCAAUGGUCGAACAGCAAUUUAAGACCGAAUCAGCCGAAGCAAAUUGAAAACCCUCUUCUUGCUUCCUAUUGGUCGAUAUUUAUCACCCUCAAUUUGCAUAACAAUAUCCAUUAUACAUUGUGAUACCUACAAUUUAAAAAUAAAAUGGUGAAGCUACAAAUGAUUUAGUUUGCUCCGGUGCUUGCAGCACUGUACAGACUAUUAAAGAUCGAUUUUUUUUUUUUUUUCAUGAGUUCUCCAGUUUGUCUUUCGAAUUUUUCGGUACCAGUGUAAUUCUGUGCAAAAUGCUAAUAUAUAGAGAUCUUGUUCAGCAGCCUAUGAUGAGGCUGGUAUAGGAUGUAAUAAUGCUCGUUUGUUUUAGGACAGGUUUGAACUGAUUUAGUU